UUUUCCAGUUUAGAAGAGAGAAGCAUAUGAACAGCAUGACAAAAAACACUUGAUGUAAGGUUAAUAUUCAGCAGUUAUAUUGGUGUUCUGCUUUUCAACCGUUGUAUUGUAACCCAGUUGUGCAAACCUCCCUGCUCUUUAAAAGUCCUCCUGGAGUUAUAUUCGUCCACACCUGUACAGCAGUACUCCCAUGAACCUGUAGACCUGAAAAGGAAAACCCCACCUCCACCCAAAACCAUGUCCCAAGCAACUCACAGAGAGGCCACGCCCUCUCCAUUCAGCCACGCCCAAGAAGCUUACUGCACAGAAACCCCACGUGCCCCCUGAGACGCUGCACUUGCUGCCGUGGUGUCACAUCCCACCAGCACCCUGUCGUCCUGUGCCAAGAUAUCCUACAAAAUCCAGAGGCCCAUCUACAGGACUGAAAGAAGAGCGGCUGAUCGACAACCUCAUCAACUCCGGGUUUCCGAUUCUGGGUCUCCAGUGAAGGAAGAACCUCCAGUGGCGUGUCAGCAUGGAGUCUUCAUCAACUCAACCGGACCUCAGUGAUCAGCCUCAGGUUACAGAGGCAAAUGCAAUAAAGGAUUCUGGAGAAUUGUGCUCUAUGGAUAAGCUUGAAUUUAAACCGUCUGAAAUCUCAGAAGGUUUGGAAUUAUGCAGAUUGGACUUUGAGAUUGACUGUUCCAACAAUGAAGAAAAGAAAGAUAAACUUCUAAAAGAGCACAAUAAUCUUUGCAGUAGUGGCUUAGAUAACAAACAUAGUGACUUACAUGGUGAUCAAAAUGAUGGGAGCAAUAACCAUAAAGAUAUGAAUCAGAAGGGCCCUUUACCAGAGGGCCCCUGUGACUCUCAGGAACAUGACGCGAUGGAGUCAAAUGGAAAGAUACCAAAUCGUGACAGCGGCAUCGAUAGCCCCUCUUGUGGGACAGAAGGAGAGGUUUAUCCAAAUGAGGACCCUAUUGAGGAAGAGGACAGGAAUGAUAGCAUCGCCACAGUAACAGAGAGUAUGUCGUGCAUCAGCGUUAGCAACAAACACGACUCAUCACAGGACGAAGAUAGUGACUUGGAUGAAGGGAGCUGUGAAGAUCCAGAGAGCCUGGACCUAAAAGGUUUACAGUCUGAGUCUCAGAAGUUGUUGAACAUUGCUAAGGAGUUGCUUCAGACAGAAGAGGCUUAUGUCAAAAGACUCAACCUACUAGACCAGGUGUUCUGUGCCCGUCUCACAGAUGCGGGCAUCCCUACUGAUGUCAUCACUGGAAUCUUCUCCAACAUCUCCUGUAUUUACAGAUUUCACUUCCAGUUUUUACUGCCUGAAUUACAAACACGCAUCACACAGGAGUGGAGCCAUAAUCCACGCAUAGGGGACAUCCUACAGAAAUUAGCCCCAUUUCUGAAGAUGUAUGGCGAGUAUGUGAAGAACUUUGAUCGUGCCAUGGAGCUGGUCAGCACAUGGACACAACGGUCCACUCAGUUCAAAAGUAUUGUCCAUAAUAUUCAGAAGCAGGAUGUGUGUGGUAACUUGACCCUGCAGCAUCAUAUGUUGGAGCCAGUGCAGCGUAUUCCACGUUAUGAGCUUUUACUGAAAGAUUAUCUGAAGAAACUUCCUGAUGGAGCUCCAGACAGGAAAGAUGCUGAGAAAGCUCUGGAAUUGAUCUCCACUGCAGCAAACCACUCCAACGCUGCUAUCAGGAAAAUGGAGAAGAUGCACAAGCUCUUGGAGGUGUAUGAGAGGUUGGGCGGAGAAGAGGACAUUGUUAAUCCAGCUAAUGAACUUAUUAAGGAAGGUCUCCUAAAGAAGAUGUCAGCUAAGAACGGGACUGCUCAGGACCGAUACCUUUACGUGUUCAACAAUAUGGUGCUGUAUUGUGUGCCCAAGCUGAGGCUCAUGGGACAGAAGUUUAGUGUCAGAGAGCGCAUUGACAUCGCAGGGAUGAAGGUUCAGGAAAAUGCCAAGCAGAACAUUCCUCACACUUUCACCAUCAUUGGUAAACAUCGUUCUCUGGAACUGCAGGCCAGGACAGCUGAGGAGAAGGAGGGCUGGAUAAAAGUGAUCUCGGCUACAAUUGAGAAGCACAAGCAGAACAGCGAGACUUUUAAAGCUUUUUGCCGUGAUGAAGAAUCCUCACCAUCAUCUGAAACACAGGGUUCAUUAAGCAACAAUACAAACACAUGUGAGACAGACGGAGUACAGCAUGAGAGGAAGAGUUCAAAGAAAAGAGAGAAGGAAAGAGAAACGUGCAAAGGCUGCAAUGAAACUUUCCAUUUCACCAAACGCAAACACCACUGCAAGAGCUGCAAUGCAGCCAUAUGUGGAAAGUGUUCAAAGCUGUCAGAGAGCAAAAACACUCGCAUGUGUAAACAGUGUUUUGAAGCCAUAUAUGGAGCAGAAGGAACAGCAGGUGGCGGCACUGAGCCCAAGAAAAAAAUUGAGAAGCAGCUGUCACUUGCUCAGUCCUAUCCGCUUGCAGAAAAAAGUGAAGUGUUGGACCAGGAACAGGGCAGCCAUCAUUGAAGCAGAACUUCUGGUUGUUGUUUAUACCAGCAUACAGCAACUGUCUAUGACAACACAUCAGUGACAUCAUCAGGAGAAAAAGAGGCCAAUCACUGGUUAAGGCUGAUUUAUUACUCAUGAGACAAAAGAGACUGAAUUAACAGCUGUGUGACUGCAGUUUUUGUCAUGAUAAAGUGAGGAGCAUGAAUGACAUAUCGAGACUAAAUAAAACUUUCUCUUGCCUAUGACCACACCAUUUUUAUAUAAACAGCAUAUCUUACUUGAAAUGAUGAUUAUUCUAAGCACUUUUGUUCUUUUAAUUUAAAAAUACAUUUUUAGAAAUAUUUUCUAUAAUUGUUAUUGCUUUCACAUAAGCACAGAGCGACUGUUUUCUCAAUGAAUUGUUAUAUGUAAGAACGAUUUCGAAUAUACUGAAAGAAGAUAUAAAGAAUGUUUAUGAAAUAUGAUGAUUGUUUAAUGUUUCCCUUUCUCAUGUGUUAUGAGAUUGUUACUGAAAGCAUUAUAUCACUGUUCUUUUGCUGAUCAAUGGUCACUGUCAAUAUGUCCAGCCAUUAUUAUUAUUAUUUUUUUGCAUGGAUAAUGCUCAGGAGAAAUGUGCUUUCUGUUUUAUGAUGUUUAAAAUGAAGGGUUGAAUGUAAGAGCCAAAAACUUGCAUUCUGUUCAUGCUUAAUCUCUAUUAGCUCAUUUACUUUAUUAUAAACUGUCCCAGUGUUGUGAUUUCAACAGAAGUACUGUACGUCUGCAAAGUGCAGGUAAAUCUGAGAUCUGAGAGUGUGGAAUAUGGGUAAACAGACAGAUGCUAGCAUUUAAAUCUUGUUUUAACCCUUAAAACAGAUACAGUAUUAUUAAAAGCAUUUUAUAUGUCCUAUAGCAUAUCAGUGAAUAAAAUAUUGUUUGGUCAUUGAG